UCGGGUACAUGGUGCGGUGGCCAGGCCCAAGUGGCCGCGGCCGGCUAGCUAGCUGGGCCCCUACCUCUCCGUACUUUGAGCCCUGGCCAUCCUCGACCGGCGCGUCACUAGGAUGUUCGUAUCGCGACGACGGACCAUAGCUGGACUCGAUUCACAUUGCCGCAUGGAUCAGAUCAGAGUUAUCACGACAAAAUACUCGGCCGAGCCCUUGAUCGCCUGAUGUGUAUAAAUCAUACGCGCCAAUUCAACCUUAUUUGCUUUUCAGCCGGCACUCGAGUGCUCCCGAACGAAACAUUGCCCGCUGCGACGGCGCCGUCCACAAGCCAGCACCAAGUCUCCUCCAUUAAAUCUAUCCCAGCUUUGCGACCAUGGCUCCUGGUUACAGGACAACGGCCACCAACACGAGGCGCGGAAAUCGGAGCGGACUUGCUGAACAUGAUGAUUUCGAAGGUCUCCCGGUCCGGCAAUGGCGCCGCCAAUUUGUGAACGUUGUGCCCCCUCCCGAGCGUGAAGAGGCUAAGAAGCAGGAUCGCUGGGGUGUGGAACUACCACAUGGGAUGCCAAGGGACACACAUCUUCUCACCCCACAUAACCAAGAACUGCUAAGGCUGGCACGUUCCGGGAAGCUGUACAAGAAGCGACCACUUCCCGAGGAGGAGGACGCCGACGCCGACGGUAUACCCGGUGAAAAGCCCGACAAGAAGGACUCGGCGGCGAGUGAGGGCUACGGCUUCAAAGUCAAAAAGUGGGUGCGGCUAGAGCGUAGCGCUGAGGAUUCGGGGAUCAACCUCCUGGCCCCAAGACACAAGAAUACCAUCUUGAGGCCAUCAAAACAGCUCGGGACACAGGUCACAGGACCUAUGGUCACAAAAGCUACCGUCAAGAGGCUGGACGCGGCUGGGAAUCCGUACACGCAAGAAGUGAUUGUCUCCGACGGACAGGCCGUUGAUGGGGAGAUUAUAUCCACCAGUGUUGUUCCUGCUCCCGAGGCGACCGGCGAGGCGGUAUUGCCCGUGGCGACGCCUGCGAGAAGGAAGCCACCUAUUCCUCAAAAGAAGAAGGGCCGCGGCCGCGGCCGCGGUGGGAGAGGUCGAGGAAGACUCCCACUGGCAACACCUACUCGGCCCGUUCCUCAGCAGGAUGGUUCUACCGAAGUCAAACCCGAGACCGUUGGUCCAGAUGGUGUUAAGAUCGAGUCCGAAGACGUCUCGAGGGCAGUUGGCGACAUGGAAAUGAACGAGUCUAGUGCACUUGACGACGACGACGGGGACGAGGGAUCCGGUGAUGAUGACGAGGGCGACGGUGACGAGAGCGCAACGCCUGCGGCUGAGGGGGAAGACCAGGAGAUGAGAGAUGCCCCUGCGUACCCGCCCUCGGACUCCGUCGCGGAGGCUCUGCCUGCUACCGCGUCGGCGGAGGCGGCACAACCUGUUGCGAACCUAGCACCGCCUCCGUUGGUCACCGACCCUGUGCAGCUUGAGGGAAGCCCGCUAAAGAAUGUGACCAUGCGAUCGCCAACGGAACCUUCACCGCACUUGUCGCCAAUCGCAGCAACCGCCACCGCAAGCGCAGGCGCUGUUCUCUCCGGGGUGCCGGAACCACCCGCUCCGGUACCCGGACCCGCUGAGACGGCCCAUGCAGAGGAUUCAAAGAUGGAAGACGUCACCUCCAUGAGCAUUGAGCCCCAAGAAACCGGCCCAGAGCCGAUUCCAGACCAAGCGAUGAUACCCUCCUCCGAAGACGCGCCAGCACCUCCUAUUGUCGAGCCGCCCCCCGUAGUUGGAGCCGUACCUGUCGCCGAACCACCAUCUGUCGCCGAGGAACCAUUUGUCGCCGAACCACCAUUUGUCGCCGAACCACCAUCUGUCGCCGAACCACCAUCUGUCGCCGAGGAACCAACUGCCGUCGGAGCCGCACCUGUGGCUGAGCCACCAGCAGUAGUUGAGCCAGCGUCGCGCGUCGAAGAACUUCCAGUGGCACCUCCAAAGGAAGAGGUUCCGUUGCCAACCAGUGAGCAACCCAUGCCCGACCUAGCAGCUGAACUUCUAGAGCAGCAAGCCCCUGCGGCCACCGAACCUGCACCGCCAUCUCCAGUCUUAGCGCCUGCGCCUGCUCCUGUGCCUGCGCCGGCCCUUGCCCCUUCGCCACCGCCAGUCGUACAAGCUCCGGCGGAGGAAGUGAAGGAGGAAAUGAAGGAUGUAGGCACCAGUGACGUCAAGACCGAGUCCGGAGGCGCAGAAAAUGAUGUCGCCGAAGGUGAAGGCGUCGCAGACGUCGUUGUCGAUGACACGAGAGCCGCAGAGGUGGUAGCUGAGACCACCGGUACCCAAGAUGCUGGAGGCGAGGACACAGUUGUACCCGACGACGCACACGUCGGUGUGGCGAAGACAGAGGAUGUGUAUACCGAGGACGUAGGGACUGAGGAUGUAGUCACAGAGGACGGAAGCUUCGACAUUCUGGGUUCAUUAUCUACGAGCCUGAACCAACAGGCUGAAGACGACGUACCACCACCAUCUCUCCCGCCAGCUACGAUUGAAACCGCGAUACCUGAGCUAGCUGCGCCAGGCCAACCCAACGAAGCAGCUCCGGCUGCCCAACCCCCCGAAACGGAUGUGGGUGAGCAGGCCGCUGAUGCUAUGGUGAUGGAUUCCACAGAGCAGACAGGCAAUUUCGGAGACAGCAGCGAGACGGUCCAGGCAGAACAGAGCAGCGACGUCAAAGCAGAAGGGAGUGGGAUACAGACACAGGACCUACCUGAGAGGCCCGGAGAGGAGAAAUGAGUUGCUUCAUAUAUGAUUGACGAUAAAAUUGAGCGGUUCGGCGCGUCGUCACAGGAUCCCAAACAAGCACACGAGCGAGAGCGGUAUUGAGUAUCGACAGGUCAAUUGACUCCAGAGGGUCCCUUCGCAGUGGAGAAAAGUGUUUCAGCAGUACUGGAUAUGGCAAUUGAUGUUGUUCUAGAAAUAAUUCUUUCGCGGGCUCGGGGAUACGGCCAUUCAAUUCUAUUCUACCGGAUUCGCAACAGCGCGAAAAGUCUCCGUGUCCGUCCGCUCCAGGCUUCGUCGCCGUCUGUGAUGUGAAAAAUCCGGAGUUCUCCUAUUUGCCAGGGUGUGUCUGGCCAAUCUGUUACCAGCCUGUGGAAGUCACCCCAAUCUACUUAUCCCCUCUACCAGCUCACCUCUAGAUUUGAAGCAUCGCCCUGGCUUCUCUUGAUCUCAGUCCCCCUUGCCCCCCUCCCCCCCGUUCUCGGUCCAACCCAGCCGUUCGCCAUUCCCAGGAUAACCAAAGCCAAGUACGAGAACUACACGGACAGCAUCUCGAUCUCCUCCCUCGUGAAGCCAAAUAGAUACAAAAGAUCCAACAGGCUCUCGCCGUUGAGCCUCGCGCCAGCCUCCAUCUGCACCCUCGGCUUGGCGUUCCAGGCGACGCCCAGGCCUGCAGUGGCCAUCAUCUUGAGAUCAUUGGCACCGUCACCGACGGCGACGACCUGGCUGAGGUCGAUGCCCUCAUCCUGGGCGAUCUGCGCCAGCAGCUCGGCCUUGCGCUCGCGGCCGACGAUGGUGCCCCUGACCUCGCCCGUCAGCCGUCCGGACUCGUCGAUGACCACCUCGUUGGCGUGGGCGUGGUCGAUGCCCAGCUCGGAGGCGAGCCACGACGUCAGCGGCUGGAAGCCGCCGCUCAGGACGGCGGUGCGAACGCCGAGCCUCUUGAGGGCGCGGAUCAGAGGGCGCACGCCGGCGGUGGUGUCCAGGGCGGAGCGCAGCUCAGUGAAGAUGGACUCGGGCAGGCCGCGCAGGAGGGCGACGCGCUCGCGGAAGGCGCUCUCGAACUGCAGCUCGCCCAGCAUGGCGCGGUGGGUGAUGUCGGCCACGCGGGCGGCCAGGUCGGGCGGGUCGGUGAUGGUGGCGGCCAGCAGGUCGAUGACCUCCUGGGUGAUGAGGGUGCUGUCCAUGUCGAAGACGACCAGGCGCGGGUGGCGGCGCCACAGCAGGUCGCGCUGCAGGGCGACGUCGACAUUCCACUCGCGCUCGAAGCGGUAGAUGAGCUCGUGCUUGCGCAGGUCGGCCAGCUCCAGGUAGCUCGGGGCCGGGGCGGGCGACAGGGUGAGCUCGACGACGAGCGGGUGCUCGCUGUUGUCGAGGCAGCGGUGGGCCGAGGUCAUGUUCUCGGACCCGGGCGGCAGGGGGAAGGCCGACAUGAGGUGAAGGAAGGAGGUGACACAUAGGGGCGACACGUAGGAGCCGUAGAGGUGGUCGAGGGGCUCGGGCUCGGCGGCGGGCGGCUCCAGGGGGAAGGACUCGGGGUCGGUGGUAGGCGCCAUGUUGGCGGGGAUGUCGGAGCCCUCGGGCUGGGGCGCGGCCGGCUGCUUGUUGGGCUCGGCCGGGGCGUGAGGGGGGGAGGGCACGGCAUUGUUGGAGAUGCGCCUGGUCUUUGUCUUGUAGAAGAGGGUGGCCACGAGCUUUUGCGAGGAGGCGCCGGGGGCAGGCGCGCAGUUGGGGUGGGACAGGUCGUGGUUCAAGCCACUCUCGACGACCUUGGGAGGGUUCUCUUUGGAGGGGACGCCCCGGUAGGCGGGGGAAGGGGUGGGAUUGUUGGCGUCGGCGACGGUAGCACCGGCAGCGGGGCCUCUGGCCGAGCCCGAGGCAUCCUCGACGACGGUGUCGAUGCCGAAGUUGCUCUCGGGCUUGUUGGGCGGGCGGUACUGCUGGAACUCCUGCAGGUAGGAGCUGCUCCUCUUGGAGGCGUCGAGCCGGGGCCGGACCGAGGCGGGCUUGGAGGGGCUGUCGUUGUUAGUCGUCAUGGCGAGGGAGGGUUGCAGUUUCUCUCCUUGUCUCUCCGCGCCAGCACACGUGGUGGUCCCUUCACGAGCGACUUGAUCGAGGGAUUACCGAUGACAAAAGGGCGGCAAGCGGGCCCGGGAGGAUGGGGGCUCUCGAUUAUAUGGAUGGAUAUGUACAACUAGGCAGUAGACUAUCGUCGGGAUGUUCUGAAAAGCCUUGUCCAGGGUCGCGCACUCGCUCACCCGCUAAUCGUCGUUUGAGCGGACGACUGGCUUGGCUUGGCUUGACUUGACUUGGCUUGGCCGGCUGAGUGAAUGACUAAAUGAAUGAAUGAAUGAAUAAAUGAAUGGUCGGUUGAUUGAUUCGUUGAUUGACUGUCCAGAUGGUCGGCUCGAGGCGCCAACACACUGGCUUUGGCUUCUUUGGCUUUUGAGGUUGGCUUUUUGCGCGGUCAGGCUCAGGCUCAGGCUCAGGCUUAUUAGGUGGGCGGUGGGACCUGGUGCUGUGACCUGGAAAAGAGGAGGGAGGGGUCGAGGGGUC